GUUGGUUCACCUGGCCAUUAUCCACUGCGUCCCAGCUGUGGCACUCUGCUGCAUUGCUCAGCUGCCCAGGGAGGUGCUGGAGAUUCAAAAUGAUCUUUUCCAGACCCCACUCCACCUCGCUGUGUACCUGGAGCAGCCCAGCGUGAUCCAGGCGCUGAUCCACAAGGGAGUCAACCCCGGGCUGCAGGACCGCAACGGAAACACCCCGCUGCACCUGGCCUGCGAGCAGCAGCGCCUGCGGUGCGCCCAGCAGCUGCUGCGGGGCACAGCCCUGACGGAGGGCACAGCCCAGCCCCAUGGGCACCACCAGGACCUGCAGCUCCAGAACUGGCAAGGCUUGGCCUGUCUGCACAUCAGCACCUUGAAGGGGAACAUCCCGAUGAUGUCUCUGCUGCUGGAGAGCGGUGCCAACAUCGAUGUUCGGGAGGGCACGAGUGGGAAGACCCCAUUGCACCUGGCCGUGGAGUGCCACAACCGCAGGGCUGUCCAGUUCCUGCUGCGCAACGGGGCAUACGUGGACGCCCAGAUGUACAACGGGUGCACCCCACUCCACCUGGCUGUGGGCCGCAAGGAUGCUGCCAUCGCCGCCAUCCUCUCACACUCCGGGGCUGACACCCUACUGAGGAACAUGGAGAAUGAGACAGCCCAGGACCUGGCUGACGGCAACGAUGACCUCCUCGCCUUGCUGCCCUUCGAUGACCUGAAGAUCUCGGGGAAGCCUGUUGUGUGCUCUGAAUGAGCGGCUGGACUCCUUUGGCCUGUCAGGCUGCCUCCUCGCUCUGCGCUGUUGCCCUGCUGCCCGCUGGGACCUUGCCUGCCUGCAGUUCAGUCAGAGCAGAGCCACUUUGGGAGACAUUAUCCCCACGCCUUCCCCCGUUGGAAGUUUUGUUGGCCUCAGGCUGCCUUCUCGGAGGGAAGAAGGUGGCACUAUGAACACUACACAGGUGUAUUUGUGCCUUGCAGCAGGACUGAAUUUCCCCUCCCUGCCAUGGGUCUGACUUGUGGGGGUCUCCAGCUUACCCAGGGAAGGAGCAGGAGAGGACUCAUUUUCACAUUGUAUGGUGGAUGGAGCAUCCUCUGGCACCCCCAAAUGCCAUCAGAAUAAGUAUGGGGUAAGGAGAGUUAACAUGCACUCUUAAUAAAUGUUUGUUCUUGC